AUGACCGAGCAAGUAGAUCAGCGAAACUGCAUCAAGUUUUGUUUCAAACUUGAGCAUUCAUUCGCAGAAACUAUUCGAAUGAUUAAGAAGGCUUUCGGGGAUGACUCAAUGAGUGAAGCCCAGAUAAAAUUGUGGUACAAACGCUUCAAAGAUGGCCGGGAAUCCGUUGCAAGUGAUCCACGUUCUGGAAGCCCUUCAACAAGCAGAACACCCGAAAAUAUUGAACGUGUGCGGGCUGCAAUCAAUGAAAAUCGGCGAUUGACAGUGCGAGAAUUAGAAGAAGAUCUAGGGAUUCCACGGACUAGUGUUUCAGAGAUUUUGACGAAGGAUCUUGGCAUGAAACGCUUGACUGCAAAAUUCGUUCCGAAGCUCCUGUCACGAGAGCAGAAGGAAUUUCGUGCAGAAGUUGCAGAGGUUUGCUUCAAACCGCUUACAAUGACCCACAUUUCCUCACAGGUCAUAAACGGAGAUGAGUCGUGGUUCUACGGCUAUGACCCUGAAACAAAGGCCCAGUCUUCUCAAUGGAAGUUGCCUGCAUCUCCACGUCCUAAGAAGGCACGGCAAAGUCGGAGCAACGUCAAGGCCAUGUUGACGGUGUUUUUUGAACAUGAAGGUGUUGUCCACUACGAGUACGCUCCUCCAGGUCAAACAAUAACGAAGGAGUACUACAUCGAAGUUCUUCACCGGCUGAGGAAUGCG